AUGGAGCAGCAGGUGUUGGAUGUGGUGUUGGCUUGGGGCCUAGGUGGCCUGCAGGAGGUCAACGGUGUCGUGAUGAAGUUCCAGCCUCCUCCCGAGGCGAGGCGCUGCACCAGCCCGCGCUGGCGGCUGUACGUCUUCAAGGGCGACACCCAGGCAAGUCCAGGGGUCGGCGACCCCCUGCCUUUGGACAAGUUCCCCUUCUUUCUUUUCGGCAAGGAGCGGCGCGUGGCCGACAUCCCUACGGACCACCCCUCCUGCAGCAGGCAGCACGCGGUCAUAUGCUUCCGGGAGGUGGAACGUGCGUCCAGCCUGUCCAAGGUGGUGGUGCCGUAUAUCAUCGACCUGGAGACAGUCAACGGCACCUUUGUCAACGGGGAGCGGAUUGAGGCCAGCAGGUACGUGGAGCUUUUGGAGCGUGAUGUCAUCAAGUUCGGGCUCAGCAGCCGGGAGUACGUCCUGCUCAAUGAGAAGAGCGCAGGGUGA